CUCUGCCUGCAACCAGCUCCUCGAAAGAUAGCUACUUUAAAAUAAAAUGGGCGUUGAAAUAGGACCCACCUCAAAUUCCAACAUAUGGUCUCUCUGCAAGAUAAGAAAGUCAUUAUCGUGGGGGGUGCCGUUGCCGGGCUCAGCACUAGCCUUCACCUCGCUCGUUCCGGAGUCGACGUGACUGUGAUCGACUACCAGCCAUAUGGAGAGAACGGGUAUGCGCCAUCCAAGGGAUGUGAUGCACCAUCAGCCGAUGUGAACAAAGUCUUUCGUUGCUGGUAUGGCAAAGAAACGGAUUACCAGCAUCUCGCAUUUGCAGCAAGGGAGGAAUGGUUCCAGUGGAACAAGGAUCUCGCAGCAACACCUGCCGAGGACCUUCCACCCUCGCUGACCCCAAACACAGAACUGCUGUAUCUAUCUGGCGUCCUUCGUCUUCCUGCAUCAGAAUCUUCACCUAUCAGCCAGUUUGACCGGGAUAGCCUGGCGACGCUCACACCGGAGCAGCGAAGUAACGCAUAUGUUUUGUCAGAGGGUGGUGAUCUCGGAGGAGAAAGUAGGAGGGUGCGCGCGGUCAAUUGGAACGGAGACGGUUUGCUGGAUUUGAACGGCGGUUUUACCAGAGCCGAUAAGGGUUGCGCGUAUGCAAAGUACCUUGCUGGUAAAGCAGGCGUCAAGUUUAUCCUUGGUCCAGAGAAAGGCAAGGUUGUCGAGAUCAUUAAGGAUGAUAAGGACGGUGAGAAGAAGGCUACGGGUGUCAAGACGAAGGAUGGCGUCGUUCACACCGGCGACCUCAUCAUUGUUGCAGCAGGAGGUUGGACGCCGUCACUUCUUCCUGAAACCGCCGAUCGCCUCGAGACCACCGCUGGGUCCGUCAUGCUCUAUCAGUUCCCUCCCAAAGAGGAGGAGCCCGAACUCUGGUCAAAGUACUCUCCAGAGAACUUUCUCGUUUGGGCAUGGGGACUUAGCGGUAACGACAGCCCAAUCGGUAACGUGUACGGCUUUCCCAUUACUGAGGAUGGGCUACUUAAAGUGGGAUAUCGCGGUUUGAAGUACACCAAUUUUGUGGACCAUCCGUCUGAACCUGGGCUGCGAAUCUCCGUGCCAAAGACCAGGUAUACCGACAUCAAGGAGACCCGGAUACCACUCGUCGCGGUUGAGCUGAUCAAGGAUACACUACGCAAGCUGUUCCCCGACAUCGCUGAAAAGGCGACUGUCGCGAGCACGCGCCUGUGCUGGUACUGUGAUAGCCUCGACAACAAUUUCCUCAUCGAUUACGUGCCCGGGUAUGGAAAAAGCUUGUUCGUUGUGAGCGGUGGGAGUGGCCAUAUGUUCAAGUUCCUGCCGAACCUUGGGGGCAAAGUAAUCGAUGCGCUUCUGGGGAAGGAGACGGUGUAUACGAAACUAUGGAAAUGGCCUCAACCGGAUAAGGGGAAGAUUCCGUGGAUUGAGAAGACGAAUGGUCUGCAAGAGGGCGAGCUGGGACCGAGGGUAUUAAGGAAGGUGGUCCUUGCGGAGGAGGUGGAUCUGGCCCUUUGAUCCACCGACUUGGCGUUGGAAAGUGUGCCUGGGACAUAAUGUUAAACGUGCAUUUGUAUUCUAGCGAAGGCAUGGAACUAAACCACAGUGUGACGUUGACAAGCGAC